CGCUGUAUCUUGUGGCUCCCCCAGACGAGAAAUGCUGCAAACUAUUACCAAGGUCCCCGUGUUUUGUUCGAGAGAUGUUUCCCAGCAAACACAACUGAGAUACGGAGGGAUAAAGGCAAUCUUUCUACAUUUACGCAGGCAUCUACCACGCUCGAUAUCAACGGACACAGCCAUGGCGACGUCCGACAACUGGAAAGACGCAGCCUCAAUCUACGACUUCAGUGCGCUGGACAUUGAUGGUAAUGAGGUUACUUUAGACAAGUACAGGGGCCACGUUGCUAUCAUUGUCAACGUUGCCUCCAAGUGAGGCAAAACUGCUGUCAACUACACCCAGUUGCAGCAGUUGUAUGAGAAGUAUGCGGAGUCGAAAGGCCUGCGUAUUCUCGGAUUCCCAUGCAAUCAAUUUGGUGGUCAGGAGCCAGGUACCGAGGAGGAGAUAAAAGAAUUUGUUACAAAGUACAAUGUACAGUUUGACAUGUUCAGCAAGAUUAACGUCAACGGAAACAAUGCACAUCCACUUUGGAAGUACCUGAAGGAGAAGCAGCCUGGUACUCUUAUCAAUGCUAUCAAGUGGAACUUCACAAAGUUUUUGAUCGACAAAAAUGGCCAGCCCGUUGGACGUUAUGGACCAACUACUGACCCAUUGUCAAUGGAACCAGACCUCCAGAAGUACUUCUAAGCAAUCCAUCCGACAACAAAUUGCCAUCCUCGUCAGAGCCAAUGACGAUUAAGCCGUAAAGUCACCUUGUGAUUGGUUUAGUCUGAUAACUCUCUGAAAGGAUUUGCAUUUUCGUCUGAGGUGGAUUACAAGAAUGUUCAUUCUGAUCGCCUGUUACCAAAUAAAAUGUGGCUUAAGCAGA